CGUCUCCGGUCUCUUCGUGGAGGUGGAUCCGUCCCGUCCGCUUUGACCACGAGACAUGGGGAAGUGGCCGAAGAUUGGUCCUCUCGUGGAGGUGGGCGCCAGCCAUUUUGAACCAAGACAGCGGUGCAGCCGCCGAAGGUCGGAUCUUGUUCAUAUCUUGUUCAUGGUUAUAAAGUGGACAUCUUCGCCUGGCGAGAAUGGUCGGUUUGUGGUCCCCAGUUACGAGGAAUAAAACUGGUGAGAAAUCGUGAAAGAUAUCGAAGUGUAUCCUUUCUUGAUCGACACCAAGCGGAAACAAAGUGACAAUAGUACUCGGUAGUGGUCUAUUGGCGACGAGAUGGCGAAAUAUGUCUGGGAACGCCUGAGCGGGUCUCAGCUCAUAUUCUUCGUGAACUUCAUCACGGCAUUCGGUAUCUUUUUUGAAGGAUGGAAUCAGGGCAAUAUGGGGUUUGCGAGUGCCUCUCCAGAAUAUCAGGAAAUCAUGGGCAUUGGUUCGGGGGGCAAAGUCACCAAUCCCACCAGAGAAGGCGGUAUCGUUGCUGUGUACUACCUCGGAGGACUGAUUGGUGGACUGUUGGGAGGCCAUAUUGCCGACAAGUAUGGUCGUGUGCGAGCGACUCUGAUCGGAGCCGGUUGGGUGCUUGUUGGUGGUGCAUUGAUGUCUUCGGCCAUGAACAUUGCCUGGAUCUGCUGCGCGCGUGUCAUCGCCGGUAUUGGAGUGGGCUUCUUCAUCACCGUCGUUCCGGUCUGGUCGGCUGAGGUGGCCAACUCGGAGCACCGCGGCUCGGCUUUUUCGUGGUUGUUUGUCGCCAACUUCGCCGGCAUCUUCUGCGCCUACUGGACGGGCUUUGGCCUUAGCUUCAUCAAAGAUCCCAAUUCCACGGCCCGCUGGAGGAUCCCUCUGGCACUGCAAGUUUUGGCUCCGACGAUCAUGAUCCCGCUGGUGUGGAUGUUGCCGGAGUCUCCACGCUGGCUCAUCAAGGAGGAUCGUCACGAAGAGGCACUGCGGAUCAUUACGGUGCUCCGUGGUGAUGGCAACCCAGACCAUCCGGACGUGCGCCGAGAAUAUGUCGAAGUGGUCAAGACGCUUGAAGAGGACAAGAAGUUGGCCGACUUCAACUCGUACUGGAGAAUGGCCACCGACUUCAAGAAGGACGGCUUGCAUUACGGUCGGCGGGCGCUGCUCGCCUUUGGAAUUCAGAUCCUCGUCGAAGUGGCAACGGGCAUUGCGCUUACCACCAUCUAUGCCCCGACAAUCUUCUCCCAGGCCGGCUUCAGCCCGCUGAAGGUCGGCUGGCUCUCGGGCAUCAACGGCCUCAUGGGGGUGCUUGGGACCAUCUCGGCGGUCUUUUUGUGUGAUCGUCUCGGCCGUCGAACCAACCUCAUGGUCGGGAACGCCAUCAUGGGCUCCUUGAUGUGGAUCUUUUCCGGGCUCACCAAGGCAGCAAUCGACCAUCCCGAGAAACAGAAUGUCUACGGCACGGCCGGAGUGGCCAUGAUCUUGCUGUUUACAUUUACGCUGUGCGUCUUCUGGAUGAUUGUUUGCUUCAUAUAUGCGGCGGAAAUCUUCCCGACUGCUCUGCGAGCGAAAGGAAACGGCUUCUUGACGGCCGGAUGGGGCAUCGGCAUCGGUACCGGCGUGUUUUGGUUCCCACCGGUGGUGGCCAGCAUCGGCUACAAGACCUUCUACAUCUUCGGAGUCCUCAACUAUGUGUCGCUGAUCGUGGUAUACUGCUUCUUCCCAGAGACGGCCGGUCGUUCGCUCGAAAGCAUCGAUCUUCUGUUCCGGUCCAAUUCCUGGUUCGUCUGGAACAAUGAGAAGGACUACAAGCGUCUCAAGGCCGAGCACGAUGCCAUGGUGUCCUCGGGGAUGGCGUCGAUGGAGAAAGCUGGCAUCGUUGAGGAUGAGACGGCGACAGCGGCGGUUGGGUCUGCGGACGCGGACAAACUGGGCCCGGUGCACAAUAUUGAGAAAAUGGGCAUUUGAGAGUCGAUUUCUUAUCUUCGUGGAGGGCGCGAUGGAGCGAGUGUUGGCAAGGCUGGGGCAUUCCAUCUUGGUGACCGACCGCCGAGUUUGAAGAAGGCAGGAUUGAUGGGCGCGUUUGCUUUUUCCAGCGCGGCUGGUCUCUGAAUAACUUGUCUAGUAUUCGCCAGACACCCAGAUGCUAGUAGCGGGUGAAAGCAUCUUUCUGAGAUCAGGGGAGAGAUACUGUACUAGACUCUGUGAAUACUUGGUAG